CAGGGUUUGGGCGUUCGUUGGGUGAAGAGGAGGUGACUGAGCUGGGACUUUGUGCUGAGUUAGGCCAAGGUACUGGGGGCGGGGCCAGAGUGUUGCUCUCACUGGGGGGCGUGGUUUUGGCGUUGAUUGUGCUAGGGAGUGGCUAGAGUUUCUUAAGGGGGUGGAGCCAGGGUUUGGGGCGGAGAUGCCCUGGGCAAGCCAGGAGAGUUUCUUACGUUUUGAAGUGGGUCCUGAUCUUUACCCAGAAGCUAGGGCCGGGUGCAGAGGCUGUCUGACACUUGAAAGAGACGGGUCAAAAUGUCAGGGACUUUGCAGGUGGGGUUAGAGUGCUAGGGGAGAAUGGUCGGGGUGGAGCCAGAAAGUUUUCCUUCGACAUAAACGCAUCCGAAGCUAGAGGAGGAGGCGGGACUCAGAGGCAUAGCCAGAAAGUUUCCUGGCACUUGGGGGCGUGGCCAUAGGGUUAAGUUGGAGGCGGAGCCAUAUUGAUUGAGUGAUUUUUUUUUUAAUGGGUGGGGCCAGAAAUCUGAGGGGAAAGAGGAGGCCUGAAGUUUCAUCCUAGUCAGGGGUGGGACCAGGGAGGUUUGUGGAGGCCAGGGGCGCGGCUGUGGCUGGCAGUUUUCUCUCGAAAGCCUCUGUAGAAAUUCUGUCUUCUGGGCUGAGUAUCACUAUGGAGGUCAAGUCCGGUCCAGGAAGCCCCCCGAAGUCGAUCCUGGGCCUGCUUGCAGAAUCUUUUCCGGCUUGGAACCCCCAGUGCUACAUUUAUUUUCUGUGAGGAGGUCGAAGCCCAUGAGAUGGCUACCACACUAGAUUUGAAAUCAAAGGAGGAGAAAGAUGCUGAGCUGGACAAGAGGAUCGAGGCUCUGCGUCGGAAGAAUGAGGCCCUCAUCCGGCGCUACCAGGAGAUCGAGGAGGACCGGAAAAAAGCUGAGCUGGAGGGCGUGGCGGUGACAGCCCCUCGGAAGAGCCGUUCCAUGGAGAAGGAGAAUAUGGCAGUGGAGGAGAAGAGCCUGGGUCCCUCUCGGAGGACUCCUGGGACCUCUCGGCCCCCAGGGGCCAACAGAGGGGGCCGGACCCACCCCCAGCAGGGAAGCCGGGCAGGAGUAGGCCGGGCAUCCCGAGGCUGGGAGGAUGGUGCCGGGGAGCAGCUACGAGGAGGAACUGGGGGCCGGGGCCGGAGAGGCCGGGGCCGGGGAUCCCCUCAUCUCUUAGGGGCAGGAGACAACUCAGCCUCUGAUCGCAAGUCCAAGGAGUGGGAGGAGCGGCGCAGGCAGAACAUCGAGAAGAUGAACGAGGAGAUGGAGAAGAUCGCCGAGUACGAGCGUAACCAGCGGGAAGGGGUACUGGAGCCCAACCCAGUCCGCAACUUCCUGGACGAUCCCCGACGUCGGGGUGGACCCCUGGAGGAGCCCGAGAGGGAUCGUCGGGAGGGCAGCCGCCGGCAUGGCCGAAACUGGGGAGGUUCUGACUUCGAGCGGGUGCGCUCUGGCUUGGAGCACGAGAGACAGGGCCGCAGGGCUGGCCUGGGCAGUGGGGGCGACAUGACAAUGUCCAUGACGGGCCGAGAGAGGUCAGAGUACCUGCGCUGGAAGCAGGAGAGGGAGAAGAUUGACCAGGAGCGUCUGCAGCGACACCGCAAGCCCACUGGGCAGUGGCGGCGGGAAUGGGAUGCCGAGAAGACCGAUGGCAUGUUCAAGGACGGGCCAGCUCCUGGCCAUGAGCCGUCCCACCGCUAUGAUGACCAAGCUUGGGCAAGACCCCCUAAACCUCCCACUUUUGGAGAGUUCCUUUCUCAGCACAAAGCAGAAGUCAAGAGCCGCAGGAGGAGAAAGAACAGUCGACCCCAGGCCAAGGUGGCCCCUCGUGCCUAUAGUGACCAUGAUAAUCGCUGGGAGACAAGAGAGGAAGCUGUGUCUCCAGCCGCGGAGUCCUCUCAGUCCAUGUCCCUGGAGGAGACACCCCCACAGCAGCCUCCAGAGAACCCAGCGCCAGCCCACCGGCCUCCUGAGGAGGAUGGUGAGGAAGAUGAGGCGGAGGAGGAGGAGGAGGAGGAGGGAGAAGAGGAGGGAGAAGAUGAUGAGGGUGAAGAAUGGGAGGACGUGAGUGAAGACAUCACUGAGGAGGAGGAGGAAGAGGAGGAAGAGGAGCUUGAGGAGGAGGAAGAGGGUCCUAAGGAGCAGGAAGCCCCAGCUGUUCCUGGAGAGCCUGGAGAGGCUGAGCCUGCUGGGAAGCCCACCUGUGAGCAGGCGGACCCUGCACCUGCCAGGCCCCAGGAGUCGCUGUCCCCAGGCCCUGUUGAACCUCCCAGCCCCUUCUCGCCCUCUGGGGACCACCAGCCUGUGUCUGACUGGGGAGGUGACCAGCCAGCCCUUGCCUCCUUGGAGAGUGGGCCAACCUUGGCAGGAGCCCCGAAGUCUGAAGAAGCGGGGCCUGAGGCAUCUCCAGGUGGGGUGCAUGAGGCUGGUGGAGAGGUGGGCCCCGAGGGCCAGGAGACGGCGGAGAUCACAGACUUCCAGAGGGUGCGUUUCUGCAAGGUGGCGGCGGCUGCUCCGCCGCCGGGGGCUGCCCGCUGACAGCGCCAGCGGACUGGGGCCUUGGCGCUCUUGCACUAACCUCCAGCCGCCUCGCUCCUCUGCUUCUGCUACACUCUGGCCAGGACGGGGUUAAACGUAGGGGGGAGGAGCCAGGUUAGCGACGGGGCCGGGCUGUGGAUUCUUCUAAAUUCGCUGAAGACCCGUCUUGGCAACCUGAAUGGGGCUGUACCUUACCCCGCUGGUGGAGACCUCCCAGUCAGCCUCUGUGAGGCCCGGGUGUGCAGGAUCCUGCACCUAGGGCCUGGGGCUCUCUGGAGGAUAUGAAUUAAAUGCGUGCUCCCGCCAACCUUGGAACUGUGCUGCUAGCGGGACAGGCUGGGCUGCUGUGCUUGGCGGGCUUUGCUGUGGCGGAAGAGGUGGGACGAGGGUGUUGUUCGCCGUCCUGACACCUCUCCCCUCCCACCCCGCAGGCUAUCCUGCAAUCCUGAAGAUGCUGCUGGGAGGGGCGGCAGCGCAGGUUUGCCUGGCUCCCGGGCUGGCUGCUCGCCUCCCUGCAGCCCACUCUGGACCCUGCGCCUCUAGGGAGCGGGAGAAGUUACGCUGGUGCCGAGUUACUAGGGAAGGGGCCGGCCGGGGUGAGCGGCGGAGCUGAGUCCUCCAAACCGGUGCAGCGCCCCAGAGAUAGGAAGCCGGGAGGGGCGGGGCCCAGGUUCGGUGGGCGGGGCUAGCGUUCAGAGGCUCUGUGGGCCGUCGGCUCCAACCGACUGGGAACCUGACCUCCGGCGAGCAGAGGGUGGCUUGUGUGCGGGGCUGCAGUCUGUGGGAGAAGGGAGGGUUCCGACAAGCUCGGCGGGGCCCAGAGCGGGGAACCGGAGUCCCAGUUAGGGCGCUAGGAGAACAGGCGGGUGUGGCUGCGAAGGGGCGUGGCUAGUGCAUUUUUCUUGAUAGUGGUUGGGCCAGCGGCUGUAGGGGCGUGUCUAGGAUGUGAGGGUGUGGCCAGGCUUGGCGCGGGGGCGGUGA